CCAUCACUACAAGCCGCUGUGAGUUGCGCCGUGGUGUGUUUGCAUGCUUGUGUGUGUUCAAACGGGAAAAGCUCACACAGAGAGGUUUCUACACCAACAUGUAGCUUUAUAACAACACCACCGCGAUGACCAGGGUUUCGUUAUCACUGUUUACUUCACCGUAAAUAGACGACGCUUUUCGCCGGAUCUGAUGGAGGGAGCAGUGAGGCCGGUCGAGGCCGGAGGAAGCUCAUCCUCAGCCGGGGCCGCUGUGGCAGAGGAGACGGAGACCGUUAUUGGAGUCGGAUACGGGAUAGAAGACGCCGCUGGUAAGAAGCCCUGUAUAACUGAGAUGCCGUCCUCAUCCUGCCACCCCGGCUCCGGCCCUGAGAAGAAGAUUGGCCAUCGGAGGGUUGAUGCCUCAGGGGAGACCACGUACAAAAAGACCACCUCUUCAGCCUUGAGAGGUGCGAUCCAGCUGGGCAUUGGCUACACGGUGGGCAACCUGAGCUCCAAACCCGAGAGAGACGUGCUCAUGCAGGAUUUCUAUGUGGUGGAGAGCAUCUUCUUUCCAAGUGAGGGCAGUAAUCUGACUCCAGCGCACCACUACCCAGACUUCAGGUUUAAAACCUACGCCCCUGUGGCGUUCCGCUACUUCCGAGAACUCUUCGGGAUUCGACCCGACGACUACCUGUACUCUUUAUGUAAUGAGCCCCUGAUCGAGCUGUCAAACCCCGGUGCUAGUGGAUCCAUCUUCUACGUUACCCGUGACGACGAGUUCAUCAUCAAAACUGUACAGCAUAAAGAGGCGGAGUUUCUGCAGAAACUGCUUCCUGGGUACUAUAUGAAUCUGAACCAGAACCCACGGACACUGCUCCCUAAAUUCUUCGGCCUGUACUGCAUACAGUCUGGUGGGAAGAACAUCCGGAUCGUGGUAAUGAACAACGUUCUGCCACGUGUCUUCCGCAUGCACCUGAAGUUUGACUUGAAGGGCUCCACAUAUAAGCGCAGAGCAUCCAAGAAGGAAAGAGAGAAAGCGAAGCCUACCUUUAAAGACCUGGACUUUAUGCAAGAUGUGCCUGAUGGAUUACUGCUGGACACAGACACUUACAACGCCCUGGUCAAGACCCUGCAGAGGGAUUGCCUGGUGUUAGAAAGCUUUAAGAUCAUGGACUACAGCCUGCUCCUGGGUGUCCACAAUGUGGACCAAGCUGAGCGUGAGCAGCAGACGGAGGGUUCUCAGAGCAGCAGUGAUGAGAAAAAGCCUGCAGCUCAGCGAGCACUUUACUCCACAGCAAUGGAGUCCAUUCAGGGAGGAGCUACAUGCGGAGACUCCAUUGACACGGAGGAUACAAUGGGGGGAAUCCCAGCAGUGAGUGGGAAAGGCGAGAGGCUGCUGCUCUUCAUUGGCAUCAUAGAUAUUCUGCAGUCUUACAGACUCAUUAAGAAGCUGGAGCAUACAUGGAAAGCACUGGUCCAUGAUGGAGAUACAGUAUCGGUGCACAGGCCAAACUUCUAUGCUGACCGGUUCUACAAGUUCAUGAGUUCUACAGUAUUCAAGAAGAGCUCCUCACUGAAGUCCUCUCCCUCCAAGAAGAGCCGCAAUGCACUGACAGUGCCCAAGCAUAGUGGGCCUGGGGCAGCCUGGUCAGCCAGUCAACUUCCUUCAGAGAGAGACCACCACAUCUAUGACCUGAGAGGAGCGCGUAGCUUUCCUGUGCUGGAGAACGACGGUCUGCAGCCAUGUACUCCUCCAUCAUUUGAGGAGGCCACCACAGCCUCGGUUGCCACCACGCUGUCCUCCAACACGUCCAUAUCGAUCCCAGAGCGAUCCCCUUCUGACACAGCAGAGCACCCCCGUUACAGGAGGCAAACCAUGUCUUUAAAAGACAGUGAUGGAAGGAUGGUUGAUGUCCAUGAGGAGGACCAGCAGACUAUCACAGUGCAGGUGGAGGUUAAGAGACAGACAGAAGAUGAAGAGGAGAAAGACGAGCCAGUGAUGGAGCAGAAAGUAGAGUUUGACGCUGACUGUGUGUUCUCCUUUACACCACCUCCUAGAGAGAGCAGUGUGCCUGGGGAAGCCGAUGUCCUCUCCAUGCAAGAAAUCAGAGAGACUGAGAUUCUGGACGAUAUCAUCCCAGAGAUAGUCGACCAUCCACAGGUAGCAGAUCUCCUUCCACCUGCAUCGCCACUGGCAACCGUCUCUCUCGAGGAUGUCGCCCUGGAAACAGGCACCGAUGCAGAAGCAUCAGCCACCCUGGAGUCAGGAGCUCUGGAUACGCAGGCUCUGAGCUCUGCGCUCGGCAGACACCAAUCUCAGUCCCUCAGCCAGGCGUCUGUGGACGAGGAGGCUGUGCCAAUCACCGAUAUCUAUUUUCAGCCUCCAGAGGACAGGAGCUGGGUUUAUUCCCCCCUCCACCAUCGCUCCGAGUCUCAGCCCGUAUCUGACGGAGAGAGCGAGGCAUAAACCCUACGCAGUGUGAUAUGUUGAACUCGGAGCUGCUCUGUCCUUUCGUCGGUCACGUCCACGAGCCCUGCAGAAGGGACCCUGCUUUGCCAAGCAUUACGGGGGGAAAAAAAUAGUAUGAGAACUAAUAUUCUCUCUCUAUAAAGAGAAUCUCGUCAGCCAGUUGAUGCUCGGUCCUUUCCCAGGUCUAAAUCAGAUCAAGCGAAUAUGAGAACUGUCUCGUAAGAAGGACUUCCUGAUUCCUGUGACACGCAUAUAUGACUCUCUGCUCCGAGCCUCAUUCUCCAGUCGCAUUCACACGAUCCUUCAUCCAGUCACGGUAAACAUUCUUCCAACACGUCUCAGCGACUUUAGUCUUCACCAAAACUUUUUGUUUUUUCUUCUUUUUCACAUUCCAGCCAUUCCCCAUGCUAUGUAAUGCCGUCAGUAAGUUUGCUGAAAACUGAACUUCAGCUUCUUCUCCGUGAUGCUGUGCUGUAGGAGUUCCCCAGGUUUGGGGACGGACGCUGCUCUCUCACGUCUUCUACAACAUAUCAGUGGCCGUGGCUCAGACUCCGUAACCGAUACGCAGCCACGGCCGUAAAAAAACCUUUCCAGGGUUCAAUAUGUCGUUUAGAGCAUAUCAGACAAGUUGGUUGCUGGUGUUAAGUACUGUGUCCUGAAAAACAUCAGUAUUCUCAACAUCCUCCACUACAGUAGACGUUCACUUCAGCUAAUGUAGGAGUGAAUAUUAAAAAGUGUCACAUUUUUGUUUGUUUUUUUCUUUCAUAUAAUUUAGGAUGUCGUUUUACAUUCUAGAUGUUUUUCAUUUUUCAUUUUUUCCCACAGAUUUGGGUUCUCUGAUCCGACCGUUUGUUUGUUUUUUAUGGAAACAACACUACGAUAUAGUGUACUGAAUCAUUCCUGAAUUAUUACUGACAUUCUAUUUAAAGAGAUAAUCUCAGAUAUUCAUGGAUUUACUGCCAUGCAACUGUGUGUGUGUGUGUGUGUGUGUGUGUGUCCAUGCCCACAAGUAUGUAUGUUGGAGUCUUAAUACUCAAUACUGUGGUAAAAAAUAAAUAUAUAUAUAAAUAUAUAUAAAAAUAUAUUCAAAUUCCAUUCUAACUCUCUCCAUGUAAAACUCUAUAGAUUUUCUUCUUACUUUCUUCAAGCCAUGUCCCAUGAAAGCUUUAUGUCAUGCAUAAACUAUGUACAAUUUCUUAUUUAUUAUUGUUUUUAAACAUGAUUUGAUUUUUUUUUUAAAAAUCCUCUUUAUAUGUUUUUUAUUUCUACAUCUUAAAUCGAUUGCGUCCGGAUGUUGAAUGUGGCGUAGCAGAAUAAUCCACAGCAUCACAGUACAGUAUGUGUGAUCGCCUUAUUCGGAUACAUUAUUUUGAUAGCUUAAGAAGAACGGAUCGAUUUUCCCGACGUGUUCGUAAUCAAUCGGCGUGCUAUUUUUCCAGAUAUAACGACACAGCUGGUGUUGUAGCUAUAAGAUACAUAUGUGACCAUCAGUAUAGUGUAUGGUUUAAUCGAUAGGGCUUUUAUUUUUGAUUGCAUGUAAGAAAAAAACUAGGAAGGGAUACAUUAAUAACAUGAGGAAGAGUUCUUGUCCUGUAUUCCAAACCCAGUUUGUUCGAGAUGUCUGGUGUAAAGCUCUACUGUUUGUAUGUAGUGUGGGGAAAAAAAAAAAAAAAAAAAUCCUCGGUAGUCCAUGUGAGUGAGUGUGUGUGUGUGUGUGUGUGUGUGUUUUACUGGUUGAGGAAGAUGUGCUUUAUUAGCAGUUAUUUCCAUCAGUCUUUUCCUCAAAGGCGUUGCAUGUAUUCAGCACUAAGAUGCUCUGUUGAGAUAUUUAUCUGUGUCCAUCUCUAAAGGCGUUUAAAGUGACGCUCUGUGUGUUUGUACAGAUCAGUGGAUGAUUAAUGGUGUAAAAAAAUAAAAAUUAUCCUUAAAAAUAA